UUAUUCGUAUCAAAAAUCAAAUGUAAUUUGUUACAUUUUCCUUCAACACAUUUUCGAAAUCAUACGUCUGCUCCUUUUGUCUCUCGAUUAGCCCCUUUGUCAUGGAAGCUCUUCUGGUCUAUGCCUAUGCUGUUGCCAGCUCGAACAUAAUGGUACCGUGUCCUCCACGGUAAACUUCCUCACCAUCAGAUUCAUGUUACCGCCACCGCUUCUUGUCCGUUAUGUCAUGCUGCUUUCGAAACCUUUGACCAUUUCAUCCUCUCCUGUCCAUCCAAGUUUCCCAUCAGGACCUCUAUUCUUCGCAAUUCCUUUCCCUGGCUAUCUUUUGGAUACUCAAGCUCUCCUGGAGGGUCUUCAACGUCUCCAGUAUCCCUCCUCGAUUCCACGCUCGGAAGCCACCCGGUUCUUUAUCAUUCUCUCUACCACGCAAUAUCACAUUGGGACGGCUUACUGGGCCCUCCACUUUGACAACCUUCCGUUUCAACCUUCCCGUAUUGAAAUCACGCAUUCUCGCCGACAUUCAUAAAUUACGACAUGCUCCACACAACAGUGAUUAAGGUCGUCCCUCGUCUUGCGUCCGGCCUACCUAUUCCUCGGUUAUGUUUAUCUCCCUCACCGACAGUAUAUAUUUCUUUUAUUUAUUCAUCUAACUACUAUUCCGCUAUUCCUAUCCUUAUACUUUUUCUCGUUCCAUCCCUCUUUGACAUAGAACUUUUAAACUAAACCACCAAUAAAACUCAGUUUUACAGUACAACAAUGGGCU